UGGCUAGAAAAUUGAAUUGAACCAAAAUUAGGACUGAUGAAGCCAAAAUGAAGAUUAAGCUGAAAUAUCGAAGUAAUGACCGAAAACUUUAAUAAAGGAUAUUAUGGAGAUUGGUGGACUACCACUUGAACUCUGGCGUUUGAUUUUAGCUUACUUGCCCCUGCGUGACCUUGGACGAUGUGGCUUGGUCUGCAGGUCAUGGUAUGACCUUAUAAUCAGUCUGGACAACACCAGGUGGCGACAACUAUGCUUGGGGUGUGCAGAAUGUAGGCAUCCUAAUUGGCCUAUCAAGCCUGAAGUAGAACCAAGAUCAUGGAGAGAAGCUUUCAAACAGCAUUAUGUAGCCUCCAGAACCUGGACAAAGAACGCUCAGGACCUGGAGUCCUCCAACUGCUUAUACCUGUUUAGGAGAAAGAAGGAUAGAAGGGUACUCUGUGUUGGUUAUGGCUGUGAGUUUGAGAACCUCAGGACUGCUUUAGCUUCAGCUAAUGUUUAUGACCGAAUUCUGCUCCAACCAGGUGUAUAUGAAGAGCAAAAUGAGAUUAUUCUAAAAGUCCCCGUAGAGAUCAUGGGUCAAGGAAAACUUGGAGAUGUGGCUUUACUUGUCUGCAUUGACCAGCAGUGCCCUACCUCACGACUAUGCAACUUGGUUUUUAUGCCUGCUUGGUUCACACCAGUUAUGUAUAAGACCUCUGUUGGUUAUGUCCAAUUUGACAACUGCAACUUUGAGAAUGGGCAGCUACAGAUCCACGCGCCUGGAAUGUGCCAGAUAAAAUUUUGCACCUUUAACCAGUCUAGCAUACAUUUCCAUAACGUGGCUCUCAGUGUGCUUGAGAGCUGUGAAUUCGUUAACAGUGAAAAUGCCUCUGUGACCGUGGAAGGAUCGCCCACUUCUGACAAAAACUGGGCUUGUAAGCAUCUGUCAGCCUCUGCCAAGUCAAGGGCCAUGCUGUACGCUUCCUCUGAGUCUCCUCUGCCUGGGAAUAACGAUUACUCAGCUACCGGCUCUCCUGGGGCAAACAUGAGGACAUUUGAGAUCUUAGUGAAUGGAGAUCAAAGCCACUCACAUGCCCAGUUAAAAUCCCAAAUAUUGGAGGAAAACACUAACGACAAGGAGAAUGAAGUGAAUGGAAACUUGUACGUGGGUAAGGACAGGGAGGCCAUGACUCUGGAUACAGAUUACAGUGACAGUGAAGUUAGCACAGUCAGUGAGAAUGAAGAUGAUGACCAGUCCGUGUACAAACUAUCAUAUCACUCUCAUGGACUGAGUCACAUGCUAGCCAGAUCUUUACACUGCAGGCCGCAGACUAAUGGCCUCCUCGCUUUACAGAGUGACAUGGCUUUGAAAAGUUUGCAACAAGAGUUACAAAAGGACAAGGAAUUGCAAUCUAUUGCCAACUCCAUUCAAGGAUGUCUUGUAUGGAAGUGCCUUUUCAGAGAUGGCAAGGGUGGUGUCUUUAUUUGCUCACAAGGACAAGCAAGACUAGAAGGUUGUAUAUUCAGGGACCUGACCUAUGCAGUAAGGUGCAUUCAGAAUAGCAAGAUUGUUAUGUUGAAGAAUGACAUUUACCACUGUAAAGCAUCAGGAGUUUUUCUGCGUCUGGCAGCAGGAGGUCUCAUAGCUGACAACAACAUCCAUUCCAACACAGAAGCAGGAGUAGACAUCCGCAAAGGAGCAAAUCCUAUUAUACUGUGUAACAGGAUACACAGUGGCCUCCGCUCUGGCAUUGUUGUCCUGGGCAACGGGAAAGGCAGCAUCCGCAGCAAUCAGAUCUAUGGGAAUAAAGAAGCUGGCAUUUAUAUACUGUACAAUGGGAACCCUGUGGUGAGUGGAAACCAUAUAUUCCAAGGACUGGCUGCUGGCAUUGCAGUGAAUGAAAAUGGAAGAGGUCAGAUCACAGAAAAUGUCAUCCGUAAAAACCAGUGGGGUGGAGUGGAUAUCCGAAGAGGCGGUGACCCAGUUCUUAGAAGCAACCUUAUAUGCUGUGGUUAUUCUGACGGAGUGGUUGUCGGAGAACGAGGCAAAGGUCUUAUUGAAGGAAACACCAUUUAUGGUAAUAAAGGCUGUGGAGUCUGGAUCAUGUCAUCAAGCCUUCCUCAUAUCACUAGCAACCAGAUCGGUCACAACAGUAUCUAUGGAGUAGCUGUUUUCUGUCGGAAGGAUGACGCCUGUGAUUAUCUUAACCAGGCAGGAAAUGAACAUUUUAAUGACGAAGGAGAAGCAGCCAGUUGGGAAAAUGAUUUAGAUAGUGAGGAUGAUCGCUUCUCAUCUCGGAGGCCAAUAAAUGUAGCGCUUAUCGAAUCCAACAGUAUUAACCACAAUGGAGCUGCUGGGAUGUACAUAAAGAGCAGUGAAGCACUGAAUAUCAUAGCUAAUGCCAUACAUGCCAACCAUGACAGUGGAGUGGCUGUAUUUCAAAGCACCCAGCUUGUCCGCGUUGGCAAUAACAGCAUCUCCUGUAAUAGACUGAGCGGUGUUCAUGUGGAAACAGGCUGCAGGGUGGAGUUACGGGGAAAUGGCAUCUAUGACAACAGAAGUCACGGCAUUGUCUCCAAGGGAGAUGGGACCAUCAUAGAGAAUGACAUUAUAGGAAACCGAGGUUGUGGCUUACAGCUCGUACAGACUGCAGACAUGAAGGUGACCAGAAAUAGGAUUCAGUCUCUUCAUGACUAUGGCAUUGCUCUUCUUGAUCAAACCAAAAGCCUUGUACAGGAAAACAUCAUAUUUCAAGGAAAAUCAGGACAAAACAUCUUGCAACAGUUAUCUAACAAUGAAGACUGCAUUGUUCAGCAUAAUAAACUACUCACUUACAAGAAAAAGACGGAUGUUACAUGGAAGCUAGAAAAUCCACCUGCAAGGCCAUAUAUUGAAGGUUGCACAAGAGUCGUCUCCAGCACUCAGAGUAGUCAAAGGGUUGCUGCUGUCACAACCAGGAUUGCGGCAAGAGUGGAAGGGCGCUGUCAAAAUAAUGGCAGCAUCUUCUGUACUAUUCUUUGACUUCAACACAAUACUUUGUUUACUUCAUUGACCCCUGAAAACAUGUCCAUCAUUACAAUCUCAUCGGUUAUUUGAGUUACGGACUUUAUACAAGUGUUAGGCCUCAUACACACGGCCGUAGUUUCAGUCUGCAUUCGAUCAGAGUUUUUUGCGGAUCGGAUGCAGACCCUAUUCAUCUCAAUGGGGCCACAAACAAGGCGGAGAGCACACUGUGCUGUCCGCAUGUCUGUUCCGCGGACCAGCAAAAAGCUAGAACAUGUCCUAUUCUUGUAUGUUUUACGGUCAAGAAUAGGACUUUUCUCCAGAUGCAGCAUUCUUACUACUGUUAAAGGGAAUGUGUCAUAAGAAAAAACCUAUUUAAAUCACAUUUUUAUAUUCAACAUUUUAUUUGUGGUUCUUUUUUAAAAAAAUUCUUCCAUAUCACUAUCUAUAUUACAAAAAAAUAAAUAAAAAAUCAAACCUAAAAUCGUGCAAUCUUCGCACUGGCAAGUAGGUUUAAUAUAAUGUUUUUCUUCUUGUUCUGUACAGGUAACUUUUCAGUAGC